AUGGCCACGCCCGUCACUAGGUCUUAUUUUCAGGGUGGGGCUUAUAGUGCACAAAUGCUUACAAAUCCUCGUAGGGCUUAUUUUAUGGUGGGUCCAACAGAAGGAAAUGUGGCUGCCAAAGUGUUGGAGUCCAUUGGCAAGUUCGGCCUGGCCUUGGCCAUUGCAGGAGGCGUGGUGAACUCUGCUUUGUAUAAUGUGGGUGCUGGGCACAGAGCUAUCAUCUUUGACCGAUUCCGUGGAGUGCCGGACAUUGUGGUAGGGGAAGGGACUCACUUUCUCAUCCCAUGGGUACAGAAACCAAUUAUCUUUGACUGCCGCUCUCGACCGCGUAACGUGCCAGUCAUCACUGGUAGCAAAGAUUUACAGAAUGUCAACAUCACGCUGUGCAUCCUCUUCCGGCCUGGCGCUAGCCAGCUCCUGCGCAUCUUCACCAGCAUCGGAGAGGACUACGACGAGCGCUUGCUGCCGUCCAUCACUACAGAGAUCCUCGAGUCAGUGGUGGCUUGCUUUGAUGCAGGGGAACUAAUCACCCAGAGAGAGCUGGUCUCCAGGCAGGGACUGGUUUGGCUAAAAGACAAAGAAGCAACACAUUGUAAACUUUGCGAAAAGGAAUUUUCACUCUCUAAGAGAAAGCACCAUUGUAGAAACUGCGGGGAAAUUUUUUGUAAUGCCUGCUCUGACAAUGAACUGCCUUUGCCUUCCUCACCAAAACCAGUACGAGUCUGUGAUUCCUGUCACGCAUUGCUUAUUCAGAGAUGCUCAUCUAACUUGCCAUAAGACUCCAGAACUAAAUCUUUAUGAUCAAAGUACCUACAAUGAAUGUUAUGUAUGUAUUAUACAAGAUAUCCAGACAGCCCUUCUUAAGCAGCUUUCAGUCAGUAUUGGUACCAGUUUAUUUUCCACAUACUCAACUCAUGGUAAUUAGUUGUGAUUUGAUAUUUCCUUCCUCAUUGUUAUUCAAGAAGAAUUUAGCAGAGCAUGCUUUUAAAAUGUUAGCCUAAUUUUUACUUGAUGUAAUAAUCAUGAACGCUUAAUUCCAUUGAAAGGCCAGAUAGCAUAGCUCACACACAUUUGCCUUAUUUUGUAAAGGCCUUCUUAAAAAUAAGGCUUCAGAUUAUUUUAUUCUUCCAAAUUCUGUCAAGUUGAUAUUUGAUGGUGCCUGAAAUUCUCUUAAUGCACUUUAAAGCUUAACAGGUCUCAAGGAGACUGGAAAUGCAUAAAACUUUCUAGAAGUAUUAAUAUUCCAAUUCAACAUUUUUCAUGAUCUUGUAAGAUUUCAAUUUAACUCUUAUUUAUUUGUCCCUUCUCUUCUUCCUCUUUUGCAUUAGAAAGGACCAGUAUUUUCUCCUAAAAAAUUUCCUUUUAGUGUUUUCAAAAUUAUUGUUAUGCUUGCCUAUACCUUUCAGACGCAGUGGAUUUAAUUGAAGGGGCAUUAUUUGGCCUCAGCAUUUUUUCUUCUAAUCUUGACAGGAAGUUACAUGUAUAUAUCAUACUUUUACCUUAAGUUAGUUACUUGCAGAUCUCAUAUGCUACCUGUCUCACUGAAUUGCUGUUACUUAAGGUGGCUCAAACAGCCCUUCUUAAGCAGCUGUCUGCUUAAGACCCCUAAUUCAAAAAUGAAAAUAGGAAUCUUUCCCCUGAAAAAAAAACAUGUAUAAAAGCAGGGGUUUAUAGGAUCCUUAUAAAGAUUCUCUUAUCUAAGCAUUACAAAUGAGAAAAAAGUUAAAACUUUUCCUUUUAUAUUACCACAGCGUUGAGUAGUUCAAAAAAUUUUGUAUUCUGUUGCCAUUGGAAUAACUUUUAGGAAGCAUUACAUUGUAGUGGUCUACCACUGCAUUAUAUGCCCACAGUAAAAUCACACCAGUCUACUGAUCACCUGUAUGCCAGGGUAUUGAGCAGAUGAAAAUACAGUCUCUGUCCUACCAUGAAGUAUAUAUUUGAAGUAUUUCAAGCUAACUCAACACUAAUCCAGUUAUACUGUUUAUAGCAUACUAAGAAUCUAAUCUGUAAAAAUUAAGUUACCUCUAUAUAAACAGCCUCACAUUAUCUUUUUAAUUAUUUAGCCAUGCACUUUAAGUUUGUGAGCCUAUCAAAAAUAUAUAGGAAUUUUACACUACUUGGGAGCAUUAAUUUUUGUGAUUUAUCAGAACACUUCCCUCCCUCAAGAUGUAGUUACUCCGCAGGAUCUUUCCUUAUGAGUAUAUACUGUCAUUCAGAUUUAAAAUUAUUAAAUUUUCUAAUUGCCAAAGCAUGAAACUAAUAAUUAUUUUACUUGAAGAUCUAUUAUCUCCAGAACCCAUAAAAUUUCAACUUUUGAGGUCAACUUCAGUUAGAUCUUGACAUAUUUUUAGAUGGUCUUUCUUUUGAAUACUGAUAGAAAUGUCCUCAAGAAGGAAUUAUAUUCUUGAACGAACCAUUUUGUAUUGAUGGGAUAGGUUAACAUUUUUAUGACUGUUGAAAAUGAGAAGCAUAAAUGAAAAUUUUCAAAUAGGUGUUUUUUUAUUACUGUGCUUGAACAAAUUUUAAAGUAACUUAAAUUCCAAGAAUGAUUUCAUUGAACAAAUAAACCAUGAUUUCUAGUCACCCUUUAAAUUUCUUGCCAUUCAAAACAUGUCUCACCAUUCAUUUGGGCUUUUAUUUUUUAAA